AUGAUCGGUUUCCGGGGGCCCUUUUCUCGAACGGGGGUGGCAGUGUCGGGGGUCUGGGGGAACAUGGGCUUGAAUGGGGGUUGCGUCAGAAAGAGCAAGACGGCGGAUGUUUCUCUCUUGGUGUGACCGGUGGCAAUAUCGAUCAGCAAUGCCGCACAGACUUUUGCGCGCCGAAAUAUGCGUGCGACAGCUUUAACCUAACCACUUCGGUGGAAAGCGGAUUUCUGUUCAAUACGGUGUCAGGGGUACCAGGGAAGACGGGACCGAGUUUUGUUUGAUUUCGGGUGGAUGAGGUUGGGGUUUUGUUCGUUUUUCUCCAUCUAAGGUUCGUGCCUAGAGUUCAGCUGUAUGUUUCGACAAAAGUUUUGUUGACUUAGAGGCAAACAUUCCUAGCUAUUGGGCAUCGAGUUAAUUUGGCUUGGCAUGAUGGCCUUUACGAUCGACUUUUUAUUUAUGUCUGCAUUUAUCUGCAAUUGUCGGAGGGCAAACAAAAUAAUAAUAAUUG